AUGAGCGACAGUGUAGGUAGGAAAAAAUCACAGCGCUGGGUGAGCGCUUCGAAGGGCAAUUAUGACGGGCAGGAAUGGGACAGCAGUGAAGAUGAAAUAGAGGAUUACGAAGGCCACGACUCAGGGGUAGAGCGCCAUGGGACUGUCACAAAACUGCCACCGCUACCGAAGCUGGGAUACGGUAAAAGUUCAGAAGAAACAGUUCAAGCGAGGGACGAAACGGCUGAAAAAGCGCAUGUCCCAAAUGUGAACACUGUAGAUAGGCUUGCCUUGCAAGAAAAUAGUGGGAAUUUUUCUGAGGAGAGCAAUCGUCAUUCGCAGAUGUCUGGUUCAGUUUGUUCCGGAUUUGGUUACUCCGAAUCCGACGAGGAAUGUCGCGUGUCUAAGACUGGGUAUUUUGCGAGCAUGAUCGAUGGACCAGGAAAUUCAAACAGUGGCACUGACAUAUCUGAAAACGAAGGAGAUCAAAGUCUAACUACUGAUUCUAGUGAAGCUGACCAAAAGCGCUUGUCAGAUUUGAAGAAAAAUCAAACUAAUCCGAUGGAGGCUCAUACAAUUGCAGAAACACAUAACCAUUCGGGGGCGGAACAGUCUCAGGACUCGCUGCAAGGUCCUUUAAAAAUCGACAAGAUACGGGGCUCAUCGCUGGAAUCCGCAAAGAAGGAGCUGAUUGAGCCACUACCUGAAACCUCUUCGAAGGCCGAAAAGGCUUUGGACUCACAAAAUAAAUACCCUGAGCCCGAGGAGACGGAGGACUCACCGCGUCGCUCUUCUGAAAUAGGAAAGGAACAAGUUGAGCGUCGGCUCCCUUAUCGCUUCGAGGAAGAGUCAAAAUACAUUCCGCAAAUUUCCUCAAGAUCAAGCAGUUUACCGCCAGCGGAAUCAGAGGUCAAUGAAGAUAACUCCAAUCUAACGGGGCAGCACCAUUCCUUUGCAUCCAGAUCAGACCCUCAUCGCUCCAAAAGAUCAUCUACAGAGGGACCAAAGUACACAGAAGGUGAAGUACAACAAAAACAAGAACAAGAACAAGAACAAGAACAAGAACAAUUACAAGAACAAGAACAAGAACAAUUACAAGAACAAGAACAAGAACAAGGACAAGGACAAGAACAAGAACAAGAACAAGAACAAGAACAAAAAGAAGAAGAAGCUAUCACACGGUCGCAAAUAAUUCCCAAAGAAUUCGUGUCAAACUCCACGGGAACGCGGCAGUCGUCUUCAAGUGUUGACGCAAACCCAGAGCCAAUACGACGUCAAAAGCCCGAUUUUAUUUCGUCAUCCGAUGAAUACGAAGAUAAUGCAUCAUUUUUCAAUCAGUACGGCAACAAUAGUAUUCAAUCGUCACCUGCAGAUAACGCAGACAGAUCCCCGUCAAAAGGGGAAGAUUGGUCUCCAGUCAAAUUAAGGCAGACAUCGAAAACAAGAUUGAAGCACUCAGAGGAGAAUCUUAACCAGACAGGUGAUGAUGACAAUCAAAGUUUCAAGUUUAAAAACCGCAUGAGAGAUUCGAUACUGGAUAGCUCAGAUGAUGAUAUCGAUGAUGACAGAAGUGUCUUGAGAGUGCCAAAAACUGGCUACUAUGCACAAAUUCUGAAAGAAACUUCUCAAUCUGGAACUCACGACAAAAAUGAUGAUACUGAUACUGAUACCGAUGACAUAAGUUCGGGCAUGGGAUCCAUAACAAAGAGUUUUGGCAAAUUCGAUCAAAACUCAUAUAGAGAUACAGACCAUGAAUCCAACGGUGUUGUAGAGACUUCUGAUAGCGAAACGGCAACCAUCAAUGGUUCUGCAAACAGCGAUCAAUCAGUCAAAGCUGGGGAAGGAUCGAGGAAUCUCAAUUCAAGACAGUCAAUCAACUUGGGCAAAUGGCAGCCAAAUACUGAUGCAACAAGGGCGGACUUCCUGGGCGAGGCGAGCCCACAAGUUCCAGAAGGAUACGUCAUAGACAGAGAUGGGCAGAUGGUUAACCUCAACCCAGCAAGUAUAAGGGACACUCGCACCUUCUCGACUUAUUCGGAAGCUGAAAGUGCAUGGAAUGCUUUCCCCACUUCUUCAAAUAUUACUGGCAAUGAAGACCUGGACACCAUCUAUGACACCAAGACAAUCUACGACAAUCAGACAAUUUACAAUGUGCCUGGGAUUGCAACAAAUACUGAUUCAUUGCCUCCCCUGCCUCAUGAUAUUACAGGUAUGAAUUCGAGCCAAGCUAACACAAUUACAGAUUCGGACUCAAUCCUGAAGCAUUUGAAUGGAGAGAAAAGACAGCACUCUUCUAACUUGAGAGAGAAUUUUUCGAUUCACGCCCCUGGUUCUAAAGAAAUCGCUGAGCUGAAUAGCAAAGCAGUUCCCCAAAUGAGUUUAGAUGCUUUGCUGCAAGCGAAGAAUAAACUCCACUACGCAAAGAUAAAAGAGUUAGAGAACUUCUCAAGUGAAUUGAAGGACUACGAUAGUGGGCUACCAACUUGGAUUAAUUACGCAUUGACAAACUCAACUUCUGAUAAGGAUUACAUUUUCCAAGAUUACAAAAUUAGCAAACAUGUCAAAGACGCAUAUGCUCAAGCUGAUGAACUGAGUAAAAAAGUUUCAAUGACCAUCACUGUGUCCAAUGUGAAUCAAAAUGUAUCCCAUUUGAAGCGGAAGGUCUUCUCUCAAUCCAUGAAGGAGAAAUCUAAGGGACUUUUUUCGUCAAUUGGUGGGAAGAAAAAAGCUUAG